AUGGCUUAUACUUUUAUCGAAUCCUUCGACCCAAGUCUUUCCUGGCUGACGAGAAAUGAAGCUAACCCUGGCNNCAGAGUCCAACUCCGCACUGCGGUCCAUAUUCUUGUUCGACGAGUACAACAGCUCAGCAAGGUCAUCAUUGAAGCCGACAGAGAAAUUCCUUCUUUGGAAGCCGAGGACGAGGAAUUUUUGGAUCGUGUACUGGGUACUCUUGGUCUCUCUGAUGCUCCUCCAUACGAGUCAUCCGUGGCCAAGAAUAGUAAACCACCUCAACAAUCUUCCUCGAAGCAAACGACUUCUACACCAGAAGCUUCGCAACCAACCCAGGCAGACGCUCUGAUCCCAGCUGCGGAUGACAGAGCACUUGUCAACGUUGGAACGACAGACAAUACUCUCCAAGAUCAAUACUAUCAACCAGAUUACAAUGAUGUUACUGGUAUGAUGCCUGGCGUGCACACCCAAGUGGCAACACAAUCGCCGGGUACCAAUACGAUUCCGGGCUCAGACCACAUCUCACCAGACUGGCCAUUUUCAACUUUAGAUAACAUGCUCAGCUUCGACCUCUUCGAUCCUAGCGAUCUGUCUUUACAGUUCUUGACCGAACCAUCGAUGGAUAUGCCGUAUCCCACUACGACUCAACCACAAGAGUCUACAUCAGUACGCCAAAUUGAACAGGUCGCACACCAACAAGAAGACAGUACCUCGAACUCCGGCGACGAAGAAAACACAGAAUUGGUCAACCAGCUCUCGGCUCGUCUAGGCUCGCUCCGCUUGGCGCCCGAUGGGAAACUAAGAUACUUUGGUACUGCAUCAAAUUUACAUCUCAUAGAUAACCAAAGUAGAUCUGGUGAGAACUUUAUGCUUCGCACACCAUCGAGGGUCAAUGUUCAACGUCUGCUUGAGGUCGCCGAUCUGAGCCAGACGGUAGACAUACAACUCGAGGACCAUCUCUUGCGUUUGUUCUUCACCUGGCACAAUCCCAGCAGUUAUAUUGUGGACGAAGAAGUCUUUUACAUGGCUAGACAGAGUUGGUUCAAUAAUGGAGUCCAAAACAGCUACUAUAACGAUGUUCUGAAGGACGCAAUGUAA